CUCCGCCCACCGCCACCGUCACCUGACGCCCCGCCCUUCGCGUGCUCUGUGACGUCAUCGGGCCAAGGCGGAAGUGAGAGAAGGAAACAGACUGACCGAGAGCGGCGGCGGCUCACUCUGUGUGUGCGUACCUGACUCCAGCAUUUCCUGCCUCCUCCAGCCGCCACCCCCUGUAACGAGCCUGCUUUCUCCCCUGGGCCGCCCCUUGUCCCGCUCAGCAUGGAUCUGCUGUUCGGGCGCCGGAAGACGCCGGAGGAGAUGCUGCGGCAGAACCAGCGGGCCCUGAACCGGGCCAUGCGGGACAUGGACCGCGAGCGGCAGAAGCUGGAGACCCAGGAGAAGAAGAUCAUCGCCGACAUCAAGAAGAUGGCGAAGCAGGGGCAGAUGGAUGCGGUGAAGAUCAUGGCCAAGGACCUGGUGCGAACCCGGCGCUACGUCAAGAAAUUCAUCAUGAUGCGAGCGAACAUCCAGGCCGUGUCGCUCAAGAUCCAGACCCUCAAGUCCAACAACUCCAUGGCCCAGGCCAUGAAGGGCGUCACCAAGGCCAUGGCCACCAUGAACAGACAGCUGAAGCUGCCCCAGAUCCAGAAGAUCAUGAUGGAGUUUGAGAAGCAGUCGGAGAUCAUGGACAUGAAGGAGGAGAUGAUGAAUGACGCCAUCGAUGACGCCAUGGGGGACGAGGAUGACGAGGAGGAGAGCGAUGCUGUGGUGUCCCAGGUGCUGGAUGAGCUGGGCCUGACCCUGACGGAUGAGCUCUCCAACCUGCCCUCGACUGGGGCCUCGCUCAGCGUGACGGCCGGGAAGAAGGCCGAGCCCUCCGCGGCGCUGGCGGAUGCCGACGCCGACCUGGAGGAGCGGCUGAAGAACUUGCGCCGGGACUGAGGGGCUGGGGCUGCCCCCCUCCCUCCCCACACUGUGCUCCCCCAGGCACCCCACCCACUGCUGGCCUCUGCUCUCAACACUCCAGGGGCUGCGACUGCUGCCUCUGCCCUUCUCUGGGUACUUCUCCUUCCCCCACCCCUCUGCCUAUGUGGGGGACUAGGUGGUGGGGUGGAGGGUCCCUGCCAGUUUGGGAGGGCAAGUCCCCACCCCAAGUUAAUGUGGGGGUUGG